UUACAAAUACUUUAUAAACAAGAAAACGGCAGAUUUACAAAGUUCAGUUUUGGAUGUUAGAUUAUAGAUUGCAAACACACCAAUGAAUAAAACAUCAGAGUCAGUCGAUAGACCAAUACCAUGUUUCAUGUUUAACUUUCUUGCUGAGAAGAAGUUUAAGCCAAACGAAAUGGAUGAAGAAACUUCGGAAGUGAAAAAGCCAAUGACGGAGGGAUAUAUGAAAAUAUUGGACACAAUCCAAAUGCCUGAAGACAUCCUGUGUUGUCAAUUUAAUCCAGAUGGUUCCGAGCUGGCAGUUGGGAUGGUCGAUGGAACAAUUCAGAUUCUGAACGUUCAAACAAGCAGGACGGUGUUCAGUCUGGAGCUCGAUACUUUGAACCAAUGCCGCCAUCCUGUGACACAUCUAAAGUACAUGCAUCCGACCAGACAAGACGCACUCCUCAUUGCAACAUAUGCGUCUGGGCUUGUUAAGAUGUGGAAGUGUGAUAGUCAGUAUUGUGUGCACACCAUUGACGAAAACCGCCAAACGCUGGCAGUAACGAUGAAUCCUAGCGGAAAGCGCUUCGUCACAACGGGAGCCAGCACUGGGAUUUAUGUGUAUGACGCGGUGACCAUGAAGAAAAUUAACACGUGUCAGGCCAGUGAAAGAAGGCGUAAGAUGGAUGGCCAUCGCUUCCAUGUGUUUGCAGUUAAAUACAACCCCAAUCACAGGCAUAUGUUUAUCACUGGCGGCUGGGACAACACAGUUCAGUACUGGGAUGAACGCCAGGAACAUGCCGUACAUAAAUUUUCUGGCCCUCACAUCUGUGGUGAUUCUCUUGACAUUAACCCAGUUACGGAUCAUAUACUGACUGGAUCAUGGAGGAAAGAUGAGGAACUAGAGCUUUGGGAUUUUGUAUCUGGUGAGAAAAUCAAAGAUAUUCCACAGGACAAAAAACACAAAAGCAAGGUGUAUUGUGCGCAGUAUCUCGGAAAACACAGUAUAUUUUUUGGUGGUACUGAUAACAAUAUGGCUGGUAUUAUUGAUCUCAGAACACGGACAAUUAAAGGACAGCUAUUUGAUCUACCUCAGGGCGUCUACUCUAUUGACAAUGACAGAGUUGGAAAACCGCCCAAGUUAGCAAUCAGCAGUGGGCGUCAGAUAUACCUUAUCGAGAUUUAAAUGAAGUUUGAAUGGAGGAACCAAAGAUAUCUGUAAUCUCGAGCUAACUUGGUAUCACAGACAGCGGGAGUGAGGUACUGACAGAAAAUACCCAGUAUUUGUUUAAGAAAUAUAAUGUUAACCGUGAAUGAAAUGUACAAACUCAAAUUGUAUGUGGUUAAUCUGAACUCUGUCUUGAAGGUUUUUUGUGCAUAGCCAGAGUAUAUUAAACACAAAUGCAUGAUUAAAAUGUACAUACUGUAUUUGACAAGUAUUUAUAUGAUUAAAAUCUAUCAAAGUUCA